AUGUACAGCAAGGGGAAGAGUCCAGGGCAGGAGGACUACGAUCGGCUACGACCGCUUUCUUACCAGAACACAAACGUCGUGUUAAUUUGUUACGAUGUCAUGAACCCCACUAGCUAUGAUAACGUAGCAGCUAAGUGGUAUCCUGAAGUGAAUCACUUCUGCCGAGGCGUCCCGGUUGUACUGAUCGGCUGCAAGACAGACCUUCGGAAAGACAAAGAACAGCUGCGCAAGCUCAGGGCUUCUAAGCAGGAACCCAUUACUUACAGCCAGGGUGAAGCAGCUUGUCAGCAGAUUAAUGCAGAAGUUUAUCUGGAGUGCUCAGCAAAAUGUCGUGAAAACAUAGAAAAUGUUUUUAAAGAAGCAACAACCAUUGCCCUGAAUGCCAUGAAGAAAGCCAAGCGCCAGAAGAAACGGACAGUGUGCUCAGUGUUAUGA